CCUUCUUCCCCUUCGCCUUGGUGGUCGUUCCUUCGGAAUAAAACCGCGCGCUUGCUGCUGGGACGGUUCCUUACCUGCAGGGCUAUGACGUAAUGGCAAGAGAGGAGUUACGGACCAAGAGACCUUUUAAGAUAUGGGACAGCUGGCGUAACGUAAGAAAAGGACUGGUCGUUAGCAAUUUCGAAGAGUUGAUUGUCCGAGGUAAGGAAAAGCUGGGCGUGCCACAAAACGAGAAUGUCUCGCUAGUUUUGGAGUCGGACGGCACGCAAGUCGAGGACGGCGAGUACUUCAAGACACUAGGAAACAACACGAUCCUGCUCCUGUUGCGGCAUGGUGAACGCUGGUGUCCUACUGGCGUCGACAUCAUACGCGCUGCAAUUUCGGCGAUCCCGAAAAUAGUCUGCGAGACGAUCCACGCGCUGGAGUUGCACGAUGAGACGCCAUCGUGGAAAAUCAUGGACAAUAAAGGCCGAGUCACAGUGGUACUACACUGGGACCAGCGCUCGUCAUCGUCGUCGCAGGUGCAGCAGCAGCAGGCGAAGGCAGGCCAAGAUGCCCAAACCUCCAAGUAUUCGCCGACUAAGAAAGCUGACCUGAGUGGCGCCCAGCGGCCGUCCUUGGUGAUCCAGACCAGCUUGGACAAGCUCGGCUAUGACGGCAAGACGACGCACUUGCCCGGCGAGAUUGCCCCGUCGCGGUACACCAGCCCGCGAAUCACUGUGAUAAAUCAUGACGAUAUGCAACAACCGGUGCAAUCGCACAUGCCGGGCCGUCUGGUGAAGCAAGGCACAAAUUCGUUCGACAGUACGACCAUCCACAUCCACACACCCGAAUGCUCCAACCACAUUCAUCAGCCGGUCGCGCGAAACGGCAGUCCGGUGAAUGGCGCCGACGGCGGUGCUAUCGGCGAGUGCGAUUUCCACUGCUGCGCCCUGCACGAAGAGGGCCGCAGAAUCGCUGUACACAAAUCGGUGGCGACGUCGCCGAUCCAGGACGCGCAGCAUGCGCAGUAUCAACAUCCGCAUCAUCCGCAUCCACAGCAACAGCAGCAAACGCAAACGCCGUCGCCACAGCCACCGUCCUCCCUAUCGGACGGCACCAAGCGACCUGGCCUUAGCAAAGGUCAUGUUCGUUUUCGCGAUACCGCUGACGAGGAGUCAAGCUCGCGUCUAGCCGGUGCUGUUGGCUUCCACUUACAUCAUAAUCAUCACCACCAUCAUCAAGAGCAUGACAGUUCUGAGUCCGAAACGGAGAACACAAUAAUGGAGGACGAAAUCGUGACCUCGGAGAAAUUUUUGUUACUGAUCGAUCAGCUGACGGUCGAUCAGAAGCACCACCUUAGCAUCAAGGACAUUGGCAUCAUACUGGAGCGACUUAGCUCCAAAAUCCUCGACGUCGAGCGGCUGGAUCGCGAGAGCGAGAGCGAGGAGAUCUACAAUUGGACGAUCAAGGCGAUCAUACGGGGCGAUGUCCUGCGGGAGCUCGGGGUGAUCUACAAUGGAAAUUAUUACGCGAUCUCAGAGCAUCCCGGCUACAAAGAGGAGUCCGAAGAGAAUAACGAGGAUAACGAAGAAGAGGAGGAGGAUAGACUUUAAUAUGAUGCUGGUUUACUAGAUAGAUAGAUAGAUAGAUUAUACCUAUUCCUGAUUAUUAUUAAAUUAGGACACGUUGUCAGUGGAAAUAAGAACGGGGAUAUCACGUGGUAUUUCCAUUAAAUCCGAGGAUUUUUUGAAAAUUGAUUAAACUCGAACUUUCUGUGAUUUUUUCUGAGAGUCUAUAGCAUUUCCUAGAAUUUUCCUAGGAUCUUUGUGAUCCUUCAAGGAUUCCCAAUGAGUUUGGGGUUUUUUAACAUUUUCUAGGAAUUUUCUAAGAUUAAGAGAUAUAGCAGCGUUGUCUUGUGCCAAAUAUAUGAAGGUUCUGCAUAAUAAAUCGCUUAAGAUUUAAUGAACUUAGGAUUUUUUUAACCGAAUCUUCUAGGAUUUCUCAGGAUAUUCCUACAAUUUUUUCAAAGAUUUACAAGAUUUCGGAAUUUUCUCCUUAUAGGAUCCCACAGGAUUUUUAAGGAGAUUUCCGAUGUUAUAAUCCUGUAAAAUCUUAGGAUUCUGCGUAAAAUUCUGUGUGCACUUAAAAUUUAUAAUAUUAAUUUUACAAGUUUCUAAAAAAUCUCUAAAAAAUUUUCAAUUCUAGAACUA